AUAUUUCUAAUUUAAACCGCAUUUAAAUUGUCCAACUUAUUAAAUGUGGCACAGGCGUCUUUGUCGCAGAAAUAUGACGUAAUCGAAAGGUAUCUUGGGUAAUCUGGAGGGGACGCUGUCUCCAUGGCAAGCAAACAUGGCCGCGUCCGGUGAGUAACCUAAUAGCAGCUUUGCGUUUGCAUGCUGCUUCAGGUCUUUUGUAAAGCAAUUAUGAGAAUAAGCAAGCAAUAUCGUUUGUGAAUACGAUUAACAUACAUAGUGACAAAGUCGAAAAAGAAGAAGUUCUUUUUCUCAACCAAUAGCUUCAAGGCGGUAGCAUUGACAUUGCUCUCUAGCAGCAUAUUUUCUAGAAGUUGGUGCUAUGAUUACAUUCAGUUGACAAUUUUGCUGGACUAACAAUGGUUACCAAAUGUAACAAAUUUAAAUUUAUCGCGACUUUGAUUGAAUAAGCGGAUAACGAAAAGGUAUGAAUGAAUGGAUUAAUUGAAUUCAUCUGGCUUUGCAUCUACGAUCAUCAGAUAUUGUUAUACAGAGCAAAUAUAGUAGCGUACGGGGUAGUAUGUGUGUCCGCGGGUUUCGUAUUUUUUGUGCUUGAGGGAUUGGGGAGUGUGGCGCUAGUUGAUGGAGGGGGGGACAAGGGGGCAAAAGGAGGAGACCCCACAGCAGUCCGGAGAGAGGGCUGGAAAUCCAGACCAGUGGUCGGUGCAGGGUCGUGGUGAGCCUGGCUCAAUCCCAGGAAGCACAGGGCGCCAAGCAGCGGAUACCCUGGCAAGGCACACUCCGAAACACAAUCCCCAUCUGGGGAGAACUGGUGACCCAAACGCACCUUUUAAUUUAUGGAUUGUGAGUGAAAACAGAAGUUAAAGAAAAACACACAAAUUCUACACACGGCGGCAGAAUUCGAGUACGCAACCCAAAUUGUCCGAAUGGGGAAAACACAAACUAAAUCAUAUGUGCCAUUGCAGUUUUUAUAUUGAAUACUUCUGUAACGUAUGUAUUUUUUCUGCAGGGAGGAGUGUAAUUCUGUCCUCUGCGCCCCUUCAAGUCCUCCUGCAGCUCAACGGCUGGUACUUUGCUGCCUACUUCCUUGCUGAGAUUCUCAUAUUUGUUUACAAAGGAAUAUUGCUUCCUUAUCCACCAGCUAACCUAAUCCUGGACAUAGUGCUGCUGUUCCUCUUCCUCGGAUUGGAGACUCUCCGAAUCUUUUAUGGCCAGAAAGGCAACCUGUGCCAGCAAUCUCUCAGCCUGGUGGUCAGCAUGGGCGUGCUGGUGCCCUGUGCCGUCCUGAGCGUGUAUUACUUGCUGCUGCAGACCUUCGUCCUACGCCUGGAGGUGACCCUCAAUGCCGUGCUCCUCUGCUUCCACAGCCUGGAGCUGCUGUUGGGUCUUGUCACCGUCUCUGCCUUCUCCAGGGCCAGCGUGUACUAAUGCAGCAGAACCAUCUGACACACCUCACUGUUCAUGGGAAGCUCUUUCCGGCUGUUUCUGUUGGGUAGUUAAGUCUUCAAGACAUGUAGGAAUUCCAGCUGUGGUAUCAAUAGCUGAUAUGUAUUCAUAUUGGAUAUAAAUGUAUAUAGAUACAGCACUAUAUUUUUUCAAGAAACUAUAUAUAGGUACAAAUAGUUUGAAUUAAAUGAUCACUUUUGUCAUUUUGUCUUUCUGUGUAAUUCAGAUUAUAAUUAAUUUCCUUUGUAUUCAAUACUGCUCUUCAGUAUUUUUAUU